AUGACACUUGGUAAGCUAUCCAACCUCAUUGAAUUAAACCUUACAGAUAUGAAAAUACGUGGUGAGAUGCCACAGUUUUUAGCUAACCUGACCCAGCUAUCGUCUUUGGUUAUCUAUUCAAAUGAAUUAGUUGGUCAAAUCCCAUCUUGGCUUAUGAACCUCACCAAAUUAACAAGUCUAGAACUCACAGAGAAUCAACUACAUGGCAUGAUUCCAAGCGCAAUUUCUCAACUCAAAUAUCUUGAAUGGCUUAAUCUUGAUGGAAACAACUUGAGCAGUGAAGUAGAGUUAGACAUUUUUUUGAAGCUCCAAAACCUUGUUGUCUUGGAAUUGUCAGGGAAUAAAUUAACAGUUGUUACCAAAAAUAUUACCAAUGCUACUCUUCCGAAGUUUAAAGUUCUAGGAUUGGAAUCAUGUAACAUGAAAGAGUUCCCCAAUUUGCUACAGUUCCAGGAUGAAUUGGAGUUGUUAUUUUUUGAUAAUGACAAAAUUCAAGGUGAAAAACCAACUUGGUUUUGGAACAACACUAACGAAAAUAUUCGAGAGGUUCAACUUGGGAACAACUUUCUGAUAGGUUUUGAACAGCAUCCAGAUGUCAUUCCAUGGCGGUCACUUCUAAUUUUAGACCUCAGUUUUAAUAGACUGCAAGGAUCACUACCAAUUCCACCACUGUCCACCAUAGUUUAUGAGGUCACUGGUAACUCGUUAUCCGGAGAAAUUCCACCAUCAAUAAUCUGCCACAAUAGUUCUCUUAAAUUUUUAGAUUUGUCUAAUAAUAACUUAAGUGGCACGAUUCCUCAAUGUUUGCCCAGUUUUAGUGAUUCUCUACUGGUGCUCAAUCUAAGUCACAAUAAUUUUCACGGCACAAUUCCUAACAUGAUAGGGAUCAACUUGAAGAUGAUUGAUCUAAGUCAAAAUCAAUUACAUGGUCUGGUACCAAGAUCAUUGGAAAAUUGUACAAUGCUUGAGAUUCUUCUUCUUGGCAACAAUCAAAUGGAGGGUACUUUUCCCUCGUGGUUGGGAGCUCUUCCUAAGUUACAAGUUCUUAUUUUGUGA